AUGUUUUCAAGUCGGUGUUUUCGUUCGAUUUCGAAGCUUUCUUCCACUGCGCGACUGGUUGUAAGUGAAUUUCUCCUCUUUAAAUUCCAUUGUGCACUUAAUUCAACAAAGAUUUUUCUUUUUUCAGCGCCAUGCUUCAAGGCUGCAGCAGGAAACCUGUCGAGAAGGCAAGUAGAACUUCCCGGCCCCGCACGUGAGAGUUUGUUAGCCACAUGUGCAAAGUGACAGUAAGAAGUCAUCUAAUAAAACAAUGAAAUAAUAUUUGUUGUCGUCUGCAGGGUUGAUUCUACAAAGCGGUGUACUGGGAAGACCAGCCACAAGUGGCCAGUGGUAAGUACUACCACGGGGCCUGGAACUAGUCAGUGAAGAUAAAUAUCCUGAGGCUAUGUUCACACUUUUUCUGGUUUGCUUGUGACGUCACGGCGGCCAUGUUGGUGGUCAAGAAAUGUGGUUGCAAACCAAGAAUACCUAAUAGUCCUUGCACCUGCACGAAAACUAUACCGGGUAUUGCUUCUGAUCACACAUGAGGGGAGUGAUUUGGCCAUUAUUUCUGUAAUUUAGCAAAUUAAAGUUGCACCGCACUGAUCUCAAAAGUGGAGCUUCACUUAUUGGAUGGGUUCCACAGGAAAAAAUAACGGAUUCCCAUUUUUGGACAUUUUAGGGUAUUUAAAGAAUACCCACAAAAAUCCCAAAUUUGGAAGAGUGAGACAAGUCCCAAUAAGGGAACUUGGUUGGGAAUUCCCUGGUUGGGACUUGUCUCACUUUGCCAAAUUUGUGAUUUUUAUGGGUAUUCUUUAAAUACCCUAAAAUAUCCAAAAAUGGGAAUCCGUUAUUUUUUCCUGUGGAAUUCUGUGUCACACUUUGGUGCAGCAUGAGCAGGUAUUCAUCCCCUAGUGGAAGUGAGGAGGGCUACUCUUCACUUUGUUUAAAAUCAGUCAAGAUUCACGAGACCUCUGCAAAUCACAGAAAUAAAAUGCAAGUCAGAAAUGUUCAAGUUGCACACAUUAAGGACCAUUCUUUCUAUAAUUCUGCACUUGUCCAGGCAACCCAAAUUGUAACCGGGCAAGUAUGCUAUUAGGCUUACUUACCCAGAUGAUGACUCUGAUUAAAAAUGAAUAAUUAUGGCUCCCUGCUCAGUUAUUGUAAAAAAAAAUGUUUGUAAUUUUACAUCUUUAUCUGCAUAAAUUUUAGAUUGCACUUUGGAGGUAAAACAAUGUGUCUCAAUGAAUUUGUAUUUUAUUUUUUGUGUAACAGCCUUGCCACACAAAGCAAAUAUGGCAGACGCUUUACCAGGAACCUGUACAUAACAACAGUAGCAUGUAAGUUAAAUUAUUGCUUUAAGUGUACCUAACAACAAAAAUAUUGUUUCUCAUUAAGGUAAAUUCCCUCAUUAUCCAAGGUAUGUCUUUUUUUCGUUAAAAUUUAAAAUUGCUAUGAAAUUUUGCAAAUCAUCAGGGUUUCUGUUGAGACGUGAUCAUCAGAGGGAUCUGUGGUGAACUACAUCUAUGAUGUCAAAAUAUGACAUCAAAUCAAGAGAAGAAUUUAAAAUCUGGUCAGGUUAAGGCUACUGCUUAAGCAUGUAAUGCAAAGGUUUUAGUUUUAUUGUUUGUAGAAAAUGAUUAACAAAAUAAUAAAUUACUAAUAUUUUAGAGGGAACACAUUCACACGGUGGUUUUCAUAAUUAUACUACUCCUGAUCCAAUGUAAUAUUUUAAUUUGGAAUGCUGGUUUUUAAAAAGAGGGGAAAACCCUUUUUUUUUCUGCUUAAAUCAACGCACCUCAGGCAAUAAUAUUGUUGCUGCUUGUAUUUUUAUGUUUUAUAUUCUAUUUUCUCAAUUCAGGUGAUCUCUCCAGAAUACCAGAAAUUCUGACAAAUUCAGUCAUUGAUGGAGCUGGUGUUGACAGUGAUAUAGCUGAGGACGAUGAUGAAAUGUCAAGUCCAGUAAAAAAAGCAAAGCAUUGGCGAAAUCCUAGUUACUAA